GGGACCCCACACCGACUGGCCGUGCAGGAACCUGCAGGGACGGGUUCUGGGUCCCAAGCCUCACUUCUUCCCUAAGUCCUGCCCAUCCCUCCCCGGCUGGCACUGGCGCUCGCCCGUCGUCGGGGAGGCUGGAGAUCACCAGGACGAGGCGCCUCGCCCCUCCCUCUCUCCACGAGCAGGACCUACACGGAGACUGGGUGGAGGGAAACCGGGGCACGAAGCUUUUCGUUUGUUUACUUUUAAAUGGUGGAGGGAAGCUGUCAAACUCUGCUACCCUCGUCCCAAAAGAGAGCUGUCAAAAAUCUCCAGUCCCCUCUGUUAGUGUGCAGAAAGGAAAUUGAUAGUAAGCGUCUGCUCCAAGGUGACACUGGUACUGGCAGGGCCAGGGGUGGAAUCCAGAAGUUCUGACACACUCAUUCCUCCAUAUCAGCACCUCCUUCUCGCCAGCCUCUACCCAAGCCUGGACUGAUAUCUGCUUUGUGUCCUGUCGAAGGUCUGUCCAACCCCAGAGCCAGGAGGAGUGAGAACCCUGACCUCUAAUCCCACUGCAUCCAGCCAAUAGGAGCCCAGCUAUCAUGGCGGAGCUGCAGGAGGUGCAGAUCACAGAGGAGAAGCCACUGUUGCCAGGACAGACACCUGAGGCCGCCAAGGAGGCUGAGUUAGCUGCCCGAAUCCUCCUGGACCAGGGACAGACUCACUCAGUGGAGACACCUUAUGGCUCUGUCACUUUUACUGUCUAUGGCACCCCCAAACCUAAACGCCCAGCAAUAUUCACCUACCACGACGUGGGACUCAACUAUAAAUCUUGUUUCCAGCCACUGUUUCAAUUCGGGGAUAUGCAGGAAAUCAUCCAGAACUUUGUUCGAGUUCAUGUAGAUGCCCCUGGAAUGGAAGAAGGGGCUCCUGUGUUCCCUUUGGGAUACCAGUAUCCAUCUCUGGACCAGCUUGCAGACAUGAUCCCUUGCAUCCUGCAGUACUUAAAUUUCUCUACAAUAAUUGGAGUUGGUGUUGGAGCUGGAGCCUACAUCCUGUCACGAUAUGCUCUUUCCCACCCAGAUACUGUCGAAGGUCUUGUUCUCAUCAACAUUGACCCCAAUGCCAAGGGCUGGAUGGACUGGGCAGCCCACAAGUUAACUGGCCUCACCUCUUCCAUUCCGGAGAUGAUCCUUGGACAUCUUUUCAGCCAGGAAGAGAUAUCUGGAAAUUCUGAAUUGAUACAAAAGUAUAGAAAUAUCAUUACUCACGCACCCAAUCUGGAGAACAUUGAACUGUACUGGAACAGCUACAACAACCGCCGAGACCUGAACUUCGAGCGCGGUGGUGAGAUCACCCUCAAGUGUCCUGUGAUGCUGGUGGUAGGAGAUCAAGCACCCCACGAAGAUGCAGUGGUGGAAUGCAACUCAAAAUUGGACCCUACCCAGACCUCCUUUUUGAAGAUGGCUGACUCUGGAGGUCAGCCUCAGCUGACUCAGCCAGGCAAGCUGACUGAAGCCUUCAAGUACUUCCUGCAAGGCAUGGGCUACAUGGCCUCAUCCUGUAUGACUCGCCUGUCCCGGUCUCGCACGGCCUCUCUGACCAGUGCAGCAUCCAUCGAUGGCAACCGCUCCCGUUCCCGUACUCUGUCCCAGAGUAGUGAGUCUGGGACUCUUCCUUCAGGGCCCCCAGGGCACACCAUGGAGGUCUCCUGCUGAGUGACUUUUACUGCCCUGUGUAGGACCCAACCCUCACCUCCCACAGCACUAACCUGGGAGCUGUGUAAGGGCAUGGGACCAGAGUAGGCAGGUCAUGCAAGAAGAUGAUCCUGACAUUUGAUUGCUACCCUAACCUUGAUAUUUAACCUGUGGUUUCCCCAGCUCCUGGGAGAGAUGUCCUAAUAUCUCUUAGAGACCCAGACCCCUAAAUUAUCCCCUCUCCCAUUUUGGUGUUAGGAGGAAAAGGCAUGUAUUCCCCCGAUCCAGGUGUCUAUAGAUGAGGGACAAGAGGUUUCUGAUGAUGCCUCCAUCAGCCUCUCUCUACUUAUUCCAUAUUUGCAAGGUUAGGGCAUUUGGGGCUGGGGCUCCAUUCACCAAAGCUGGCAUAACUUUUCAUGAUCUUUGUAGGCCUCUGAAGGGAAUGGGCCUAAAUGGAUGAAUAUCAAGGGGAGGCUUGCUGGUGGGUCUGUGAUCCUCAUGAUGUGAAGGGAACACCCAGUGUGUACACUGGAAUGGGAGAUGGUGGGUGAUGAUUGAGUAUGGCGUAAGGAUUAGAGCUGGUACAAUGGGAGGGGCCUGGGGCCAUUUGGCUUCACUAACUUUGGUAGCUAUCAGUGUGUAUCUAGAGUGGGAUGGGGGAGGGAACCCAGCUUGGGUCAGGUUGUUUGGGGCUUGACGUGAGAGUGGGAAGUGCUACUCUGGGGCUCUGCCCACACUGUGUUAUGUAUGGAAGGUGGCCUCCUGUCUCCACUUCUGCUGUGACAAUAAACUAGAGAAAUCUGAGCACCA